AUGGCUACCAUGCUUACCGAGUAUCUGACAUUUGCCCAGGACGGUGCGUCGGCAGGUUCACCAGUCUCUGUGGCUGUCAACAACUCCACCAACACCAAAUCAUCAACAACAACGUCACCCACGGCAACAUCGUCAUCGUCAGCUGCUCCAUUUCAAAUUACCUCUCCACCUUAUACACCACGCUCGUCUGCAUCAUCGUCUGCUAGUACCGGUCCCAUAUCAACAACUAUCGAUCCAAAGGCAUUAGAGCAGUUUAUAUUGGCACUCUCCCAAUCACAAUCGUACCAACAGUUUAAAAACAAGGCUCCUACCGCAGCCGCAACGUCGUCACCAACCAAUGUUGCAACAUUAUCACUCAACGAUCUGACUGUACUAUCACAAUACAAUAUCAAUUGCAGUAACUACCAACCACAUGUAACCAUUGACUUUAAGUCGCAUCCAGAGUAUACCCAAAAGUUUACCAACUUUAUCCAGUCUCUCUAUGACUUUAAUACAACCAGUCAUGCGCCAUCACCAAAGGUAACCACUCCACGAUCCAUCACCCCUCGAUCAACUUCUGCCAAUUCUCUUCCCAUCUCAAGUAUUACUACCCCUGCCACUUCUACUUCUGCUGCUGCUGUCCCAUCACAGGCACCAACAGUAGUCGCCGCGGCUGUCUCAACUGCUGCAACACCAGCUCGUGUGACAUCGGCUACAUCCAUCAAUAAUAGUAAGUCCAAUAGUCGUAUCAACAUGACAACUGCUACUUCCUCUACUACUACUACUACCCCCACUCCAUCCCAAGCACCUACACCCACUACUAUACCAACACCAACACCAACGCCUACCCCAAUUAAUAAUACACCAAUACCAACAGCAACAACAACAACGGCAGUAACACCUUCCAAGGAUGUUGGAAUCAACUAUCUAUCUGUACUAAAGAAAAAAAAUGAACAAGAAUCCAAACAAGCACCUACAUCCCCAUCCUCUACUGCUGUUCAAAAUCCUACUCCUGCAACUACAACUGCAGCGGUAGAGACCAAACCACCAGUUGCCAUCAAUCCAACAACAACAACCUCUCAACCACCUGCAGCUGUAUCAGAACCAAAGGAAGCAGUAUCAUCAAGAUUCAUGCGAUCGGUUCAAAGUGCAGAAAAGGAGAGAAUCGAAAAAAUAGAAAAGGAAAGAUUGGAAAAUGAGAGAUUGGAAAAGGAAAGAAUCGAAAAAAUAAGAUUGGAUCGAUUGGAAAAGGAUAGAUUAGAGAAAGAAAAACAAGACAAAUUGACAAAGGAAAAGGCUGAAAAAGACAAAUUGGAAAAAGAGAAACAAGACAAGGAGAAACAAGAUAAAUUGGAAAAGGAUAGAUUAGAAAAGAUUAAAUUAGAAAAGGAUAACUUGGAAAAGAUUAGAUUAGAAAAGGAGAGAUUAGAAAAAGAGAAACAAGAUAAAUUGGAAAAGGAGAAAUUAGAAAAGAUUAAAUUAGAAAAAGACAACUUGGAAAAGAUUAAAUUGGAAAAGGAAAAGUUGGAAAAGGAGAGAUUAGAAAAAGAGAAACAAGAUAAAUUGGAAAAAGAUAGAUUAGAAAAGAUUAGAUUAGAAAAGGAAAAGUUGGAAAAGGAGAAACAAGAUAAAUUGGAAAAAGAUAGAUUAGAGGAAGAAAAAAAGAUGAUUAAAACGCCAACAAAACCAACUACUGCACCUUCAACUCCUGUCACCUCUCCAUCUUCUUCAGCAGCUACUGAGACAAAGGAGGCAGUUUCAUUUAGAUUUAUGCGAUCUAUCCAAUCUGAAAAGGAAAGAUUAGAAAAGGAAAAGGCACAGGAAAAGGCUGACAAGGAUCGAUUGGAAAAGGAAAAGUUGGAAAAGGUUGAAAAGCUUCGAGUUGAAAGAUUGGAAAAGGAAAAGGAGCGAGUUGAAAAGGAGAAAAAGGAUAGAGAGGCAUUGGACAAGGAACGAUCUGAACGUGUCAAUUCAGAGAAAGCAAGAAUCGAAAAGGUCAGACAAGAAAGAGCCAAAGAAAGAUUGGAAAAGGAACGAGUUGAAAAAGAACGUUUGGAAAAACAAAAAAAAAUGGAUGAAAUUGAUAAAGAAUGGAAAGCAGAGAGUGGAAAGACUUUGUCAACUGAAACAACUUCUACUUCUUCAACUACUUCUACUCAACAACAAAAACAAUUGGAAGAAAUUGAUAGAGAAUGGAAAGCAGAGAAUGAAAAGACAACAACAACAAAGUCACCUGCUUCCAAAUCAUCUCCACCAAAUAUAGUUGUCUCACCGUCAUUGGUAUCUGACACUAACAAGCAAUCGACCAUGACUCGUACCAGAUCAACCUCUUUAUUCCUUCCAUCUCCACCUUCAUUUGAGGGGUUUGAAACAAACUCUCAAACAUCCACAUCCCCACCAUCAGCACCAAUCACCUUAUUACCAGGUUUAACAGUCGAUAGAGCCAGACCACAAAGUGGAAGAAAGCAACCAUCUAGAAUCAUGAGACCUGCCAGUACACAAUUGGAUAGAAAAAACUUGGAUGAAAGUUUUGCUAAAAGUCAAAGUGAAAUUAUUAAUACAACCAAUAAUAAUAAUAAUAUUAAUAGUAUCAGUUCACCUCCACCCUCCUCUGAUAAUAAUAAUAAUGAUGAUGAAGAACGUUCUGCACCACCACCAAGAAGAUUUGUUCCAACUGGAGUUGGGAUGGGAUUAGGAUUAGGAAUGGCUGCACUGGCAGCAGAAGCUCAAAAGAAAAAACUUGAAUUGGACCAAAACAAAACUCGUCCAAAGAAAUUUAUGGAUAAGCAACAGAGUAUUCAAAAAGAGCCCAAUAAAUUUAUUAUUAUCAAUUCAAUCAUAUUUCCCAAAAAAUAUUACACAAUGUCAUCCAAAGUAGCACGUGAACAUGGAGGUCUUCCAAUGCAAAAGCCAAUGGAAGAACCAAUCCAAAUGAACAAGAAAUUUACCAAGCCAAUGGACGAAGACGAUUUACUCUACUCGCUCAAAGGCAUGUUCAAGUCCAACUUUAAGGAAUACUCACCAAGCUGCGAAUUGGAACGACCCAACAGAUUCGACCUCACCCCCAAUGAAGACAAGAUGUUGGACAUUCAACUCCAGGACAACUAUGAAAGAGAAACCUGUGAGAAGCAAAAGCUCAAGGAACUCCACCGUCUCGAACACACCGACCUCUCCAAGUUCCACAAGACUCGUAUCAUCAAAAAGACCACCACUACUACUACCACCUGGUUAAAUGGCCCCCAAGUCCCAUUAAUGCCAAUGAAGCAAGAGUUUGGUCCAAACGAAGCCCAAAGUUGUAUUUUUGAAGCCGAUACCUCUAAAAUCCCCUGUUCCAAGUGGUUUAGUAUACUCAGUGAACGUUUAAUGUCUGGAUUUUUGUUAUUGAAAAAUAACAAACAACAAACUUAUUAUUAA